CUUGGACAUUGACACCAAGCAGCCUCAACCGCCUUCACCCGUGACCACCUGUUCGUCAUGGCUUCUCGGCGGGCAAUGCUGCCUCUGCGCAGUCUGCUCAACAGACAAUGCGCCGGCUCCCUCCGCCAGCAACAAAGAGCAUCCAGCUCCUCGUCCACCCAGGCCUUGGCCUACAAGGCCCUUCACCGUCGCAUCGCACCUCUUCCCACCGAGGACCGCCCUCCUGCCUGGUCAGCGCCGGCUGCCGUCAGCAACAUCCUCUACGAAACCCCGCUCCCCUCCCAAGCUCCCCCAAAGAGUCACAUCCUCAACUGUCUGGUACAAAACGAGCCCGGUGUGCUCUCCCGUGUCUCCGGUAUCUUGGCCGCCCGUGGCUUCAACAUCGACAGUCUGGUUGUCUGCAACACCGAGGUGGAUGACCUCUCCCGCAUGACAAUUGUGCUGCAAGGACAAGAUGGUGUUGUGGAGCAAGCCCGCCGCCAGCUCGAGGACCUGGUCCCAGUGUGGGCUGUGCUGGACUACACCCAAUCGCCCCUCGUUCAGCGCGAACUUCUCCUUGCAAAGGUCUCUAUUCUCGGCCCUGAGUACUUCGAAGAGCUGCUUGCGCACCACCGAGAGAUGGCCCAGGCGCCUGACAUGGAGGAGUCAUAUGAACCAGACAUGACAGAUGAGGAGCGCAACGCAAUGGCGCAGGAGGCUGCUCGCGAGUCUCUGAGGAAAGAUUACCACCCGACAAACCUGCCGGUGAGCCAGGCGCUCCGACACAAGCACGAGCAUCUGCGCGCCAUCACCUUCAUGACUCAUCAGUUCGGUGGAAAGGUGCUCGAUAUCAGCACAAACAACUGCAUCGUAGAGGUAUCGGCAAAGCCCACCAGGAUUGAUUCCUUCAUGAAGUUGAUUGCUCCUUUCGGAAUCUUGGAAUCUGCAAGGACCGGACUCAUGGCCCUACCGCGUUCCCCGCUCCACAACAGUGCUGAGGUCGAGGAGAUGGAGGCACAGGACGUUGUUGAUAACAGCCUGCUCCCUCCAGGCUAAAUAUCUUGAGGCACGGGUGGUAUCGAGUUUGUUCAGUGUCAACAUAUGCGGGCGUUUGAUGUACGUGUAUAGUAUAGCGUUCAAUGGAGGCGAAGCAUGGCUCAUUCGUUUGAGACCAAUCACAUUUCUCUUUGAAGUAGUUUGAGACGUACUAUGAGUGAUGUAUCUACAUGCAUAUG